AUGGCCGAACGAGACCAACCUUACGACCCCUAUAUCCCCUCGGGUGGACAGGGCGGCCCGCCGCAGGCUGGGGGCAAUCAGAGAACAGCUGCUUUGCAAGCGCAAAUCGAUGACACGGUCGGUGUGAUGCGAGAAAACAUCAACAAGGUCUCCCAACGAGGCGAGCGACUCGAUUCGCUGCAAGAUAAGACCGACAACCUUGCCGUAUCAGCACAGGGCUUCCGCCGGGGAGCAAAUAGAGUUCGAAAACAAAUGUGGUGGAAGGAUAUGAAGAUGCGCAUGUGUCUCAUUGCCGGAAUCAUCAUCUUGCUUAUUGUCAUUAUCGUCCCAGCUGGUAUGUUCGAGUGUCCACUGCAGCAAACCAAUUACUGA